AGAUUAUAUGAAAGUUUACGCUCGGUGAUGAUGUUCGCAUUUAUAUAUCUAUAGUGCUCCUUCGGAACAUUCAUUUGCCUGUCUUAUUCUUGAAAAAUACCAAACCAUCAGCAGAUAAUAUUCGAAUCAUAUACUACUAUUAAGAGACCUCUUUAAUUAGUAGGGCAUCCUACAUCCAUAUCCUGUCAGCAACCUUAGGAGGAAAUCAACAACACGAUACACAAACCACAAUGUCCGAAGACUUGGGCAAGUUCAUCGGCUUUAUCGUCGUACAUAUAAUCCUAACCCUCCACCUUUACCUCGUCGACCGAUUUGUUAAGCGAUGUAUACUCCCACGGCGCCCCCAAAUCGUAUACUGGGGCCGGCGUACGCAAUCGACCUUACAUAUACCGGAACGUCUCCAUAUAUUUUCGGUCGCGGAGCCCGGGAUAUUAGAUGAACCCCUACGAAACGCGGUCAUGAUGUUAUCCAUGAUAGGAUUGAUAUCUAGCUUGGGUUUAUUAGCUUGGUGUGUUAAAGGCACGUUCCGGGACCCCGUGGUGUGGGUUUUAGGGUUUGCGAUGCCCGCAUUCUGUAUGCUUCUACUGUGGCUCGGACUUAUUAUUGCGCGGAGGCGGUUUGAGAGUCUUCCUUGGGAUGCGGAUGUAAGUGGAGGCUUCAAGGAGGGGGGUACGCAUACUGAGAGUAGAAACUAGGAUCUGGAAAUGGAGAUUGGGUGGCUUUGGGAUAAUGCUUGGAUGGGAUACUGGGCUUAAGUUGUAAUACGGAAAUGUUGAUAAAAUACAGUAAGGGCU